AUGGCAGAGUCUGGAGACUCUCCCACUUACGAAGGCGAAGACCGCCGACCAGCAAGCCAGAAAGAACUGUGGGGAUGGUACAGCUAUGGCUGGGCCGCAGAGACCUUCCCGAUCGUCUGCAUGGCAUCGUUCCUGCCCAUCACACUAGAACAGCUCGCAAGAGAGAAUGGUGUGCUACUGUCAGACCGGACCACACCCUGCACAGCGUCCUGGAAGUCAGACGAAAUCUCAAUGAGCAGCAAACACAAAGAGUUACCCGCGUGCGUGGUAAACAUACUGGGCGUUGAGGUCAACACCGCGUCUUUCGCUAUGUAUACGUUCUCGCUCUCUGUUCUGGUCCAGGCGCUCCUCAUCAUCUCCAUGUCAGGUGCAGCAGACCACGGUCGGUUCCGCAAAACCUUCCUUCUAGCGUUCGCAUUUGCAGGCGGGCUUUCAAUGAUGCUCUUCAUCUUUGCUGUGCCUAAGGUCUACAUGUUCGGCGCGCUUCUCGCCAUUAUCGGUAACACUUGUUUUGGGGCGUCGUUCGUUCUCUUGAACUCUUUCUUACCCCUACUAGUUCGACAUCAUCCUUCCCUGGUGAAGGGUUCCGAUGGACUGGACGACGUGUCAAACGGGCAUGCGAAUGGAAACGCAUCAACCUCUGCUGACGCUACGACACCUCUACUACCUGCAGACCGACCCGAUGCCACACAAACUCCAAAGACCAUUCCAGCUGCUGUCUCUCCGGAACUCAGGCUGUCUACACAGUUCUCUUCCUAUGGCAUUGGAAUAGGAUAUAUUGCUGGACUCCUCGUACAAGCCUCAGGCAUCGUCAUCGUGGUUGCAUUGGGUUCAAGCACUUUCUCACUGCGCCUGGUACUGUUUGUUGCUGGCUUGUGGUGGUUCUGCUUCUCCGUCCCGCCUGCUCUUUGGCUGCGGCCACGACCGGGGCCACCACUACCAGCCGAAUUUAUGGGUCGUAAUGCCUGGAUAAGCUACGUCACGUACGCAUGGAAGUCGCUCUUCAAGACAAUUGGACGUGCUCGGAGACUCAAAGACCUUGUCAUUUUCCUCGGUGCAUGGUUCCUACUUUCGGAUGGAAUUGCAACUGUUAGCGGCACUGCUGUACUGUUCGCUAAGACCUCUCUGGGCAUGUCCGCAGCUUCCCUGGCGCUGAUUAACGUGAUUGGCACAUUAGCAGGCAUCAUCGGCGCGUUCUCGUGGAGUUACGUCUCAAGAGCUCUGAAUCUCAAAGCCAGCCAGACGAUCGUAGCAUGUGUCUGCUUGUUUGAGCUGAUUCCGCUGUAUGGCAUGCUUGGCUUCAUACCCGCUGUCAAGCGAUGGGGCGUCAUCGGUCUUCAGCAGCCGUGGGAGAUGUAUCCAUUGGGGGCGAUCUACGGACUUGUGCUUGGAGGACUGUCAAGCUAUUGCAGGUCAUUCUUCGGCGAGCUGAUCCCGCCUGGAUUUGAAGCUGCCUUCUAUGCUCUCUACGCUAUCACCGACAAGGGAAGCUCCGUCUUUGGACCAGCGAUUGUUGGCGCGAUUACAGACCGGUAUGGCUCGAUACGACCUGCGUUCGUGUUCCUGGCGUGGCUGAUUGCACUGCCGUUGCCACUCAUGCUGCUGGUUGACGUUGAUCGGGGCAAAGCUGAAGCUGCACUCUUAGCUGCAGAGCUUGAGGGGAAGGCGAAGGACGGAGAUCCAGAAGAGCGGACAAUCCGUUUGUUGGACGAUGAGGACGAGCAGCGGUAA